CGGGAAAAAGCAAAACUACCGUCGUGCUCACUGCUCAACCAAAGAUCUUCUAAGAGAACACAACAAACAAACAUAGCCUCUCACAACCGGGAUGGGUGAAGUUGGUUUGCCAACUGUUAAUAAACCAUAAAGAAGAAGACAAAAGGAAGAACCGCUCAAACAUUCGCACUUUUUGAGAUUUUUUUCAGCAUUGGUAAAAUUCAGCUGGAAACAUCUCAUUAAAAAUGACCGAAAUGAAUGGACCAAUGGACAAAGUUGUCAAGGAAGAAACAGACAACCAGGAUGGGAAAAGCAGUCAACCGCCUCAUUUACAACCUGUUGCAGUGCCCUGUGCUAAACUGGAGACCUCGCCAGGGUGUACCCCCCACCCUCUCUCACAAAGUCAGCAAGGAUUGGCAGCAGCACCCAGAAACCCCCUGGUUAAACAGGAAGAGGAGCCACAUGCAACCCAUUCUUUCGUGUGGUGUUGGAGUAAAGAGAAACCUACAACUUGGACCUGCAAUAAAGCAGGAACUAUUGAGGACGUACUGAAGAGAAGUCACAAGUUUAGACACAUUGCAGGAAAGAACCAAAACAAAGAGCUUGUUAUUGUAAAAGAUGGGAAACUUAUAAGUUCACACUUUCCAUGCAGCUUAAUUAAAAAAGAUGAAUCACUGACUGUCAAGUAUGUCAAAGCUGUAGACAAGCCGGAGCAACUGGUUAGUGGCUCUCAUCAUCUCAAAAGAAAGGUGCCAUCUGACGAGCUUGUGAUGUUUGAUGUACUGACAAAGGGAGGUACAAAUGUAGCGAAUAUCAUGAGAAACCAAGUACUAAAAAAUAAUUUUCAGGAAAUUACUGUUUAUGCAUACAAAGGCGAAAAAGUAAGGCACGCUCUGAAAAGAGAUGGUCGUUUACUGAAUAUCGUAUUCAGAAAGAACUGUGCGCUUUCUCACAAAGGCACUGAAAAAGAGACUGAAAUGUCCAGUCUUGUUGAUGAUCUUGAUGGUGAAACCUUUCAGAUCAUACUGUUAAAUAAGUCUGAUCCACCAGGAAGUCAGCCUGGCAGUCUUGAUGAUGCUUACAUGAUGCAAAACGAAUCUCAGAGGUCUGACUCUGAUGUAAACCAAGAUCCUCCACAGCAAUCAACUACAACUAAGUCAUUGAAUGACAGCAAACCAAAAGAGAAAUCAAUGCUGGAUGGUAAUAAGGCACCAGAAAACAUAUUUGAAAUACCUGAUUCAAAGAUGAAGCAGAAACGCCUAUCUUCACAGUUUAAAGAUUUGGUGAAAGGAAAGAAAACUCUGCAAGGAUCUAAGCUUUCUCGUAUCCAGAAUCUCUUCCGUGUGGAGUAUGGAAAGAACGUUGAGACAUGUAGGGAAGUGAAAACAAUAAAGAAACUGAUGGAUAUCAGUCAUUCAGUUUGCCAGGUGAGAAUAAAUGGGAGAGCAAAAGGAAGUGGCUUUCUCCUAUUUGGCAAGUUUGUCAUCACAAAUGGCCAUGUCAUUAAAGACAUUUACGAUGAGAGUACAGGGCAUCUUAAUGAAAGGGUCACUGUCCAUUUCUCUUAUGAAAGUCUAGACCAGAUGGAGUCAGGAGAAGCAGUGGAAGAGGUUGCUGGAUUUGAAUAUGGUUGUGAUGUGUCAGGGCACAUGUAUGACUGGGCUUUGUUGAGGCUGGGAGAUGAUCAGAAAUUGCCUGAUGGUUUGUUGCCAAUAACACUCUUUGGAUCUCGUCCUCAAAGGGGUGGGAUUUGCAUUAUUGGGCAUCCUAACGGUGGUGUGAAGAAGAUGGAUCCAUGUUUGAUUAUUCUGCCUCUGAAAAAUCCAGAGGGUGUUCUUCCGGAAAGUCCUCAUUACAGUGAAAAUCAAGAGCACAUUCAGGUGGUUACUCACCGUUUCUUUGAGGAUGUGAAAAAAGAUGAAAGAAACAGACAGGCUCUAAUGUACGAGUCUUGUUUUUACUUUGGCUCAUCUGGCUCUCCUGUCUUUGAUGAGCACUGUAAUGUUGUUGCAAUGCAUUCAGGUGGAUAUGGCUACCGCAACGCAAGGGGGGAGAGCCAGAGUGUCCUAGAGUAUGGCUAUCCUUUGUCCGUCAUUAUCGAUCACAUCAUUGUCCAAGUGGUGGAAAGAGGGAGGUUUGAUGUGUUGAAGGAAUACCUGGCUUGCCAAUAUGCACGACACCAAAACAUGAUUAACAAUUUGAAGAAACUGGUUGAGAGCAGAAAUCUAAUAGCAUUUAAAAGUGCACUCAGCAAUUCAGUGGUCAGACGUGAUGAGAGUUUGAAGACAUUCUUUGAAUUCUUCUCUCAGAGAGAGGAACCUGUCCCAAUGGACACCGAUCCAUACACAGAUAGUUACAGAGCUAACUGCUGACAAAAGAUACAGAGAGAGCAGUUUGGGCAGUGAGCUACAAAGUCUGUCAUGUUUGUUUUCAUAUAUCAGGAAACUCUGGUUGUUAAGCAUUUAAAUACAUCCGAUUUUUAUUUAUUUAUUAAACUCAAACAUUGAUAUCAGCCUCAAAGAUGUACAUUAUACCUUGUCAUCUUCUGUUUUCAAGAAAAUCACCUGUUAGAUGUGGAUUUCAUCUUAUUUUUGUAAGAAAUAUAUUACAUUCAAAAACAAUCAUAUUGGAUAUUGUAAUAUUCUGUCAUACUUUCACUGUGUUUUUUUAAAUCGGAGUUUUAGCAAAUGAUUUAUAUAUAUAUAAAAACGUGUUUUAUUUCCUAUUUGGAUUUUGAUUGUGUUUUUCUACGUUACCUUUGUUCUCAUUGACAGCAGACAUGUAUAAAUGAGAGGUGAAAGGUUCAAUUCUGAGUUCAACUAAGUGAUAAUCUGUCACCUUGAAUAUCUCUGACAUGAUGUUGAGUUUGAUAGUAGCAAUAAAUAGACAAGAGUGUCCCUGACUGGACAUAAUUUUAUGUACAGUAUCAUUAAGUCUAUUGCUACAGAGGAAUGUUCUUUGAUUUGUGAAUGAAUGUUACACCCUGAAUUGCAGGAUUUCUUUAUUUGGUUUUGUGCAUCAAACAUUUAUUAUUAAACUACUUUUUU